UGCGCGGUGACGUAACGCCAGCGCUGCGCUCACGUUGAGUGAUGAGGGCGACAUAGAGACUGUAGAUGUCCGCCUAUGACAAUAAAUAAGAGCGGGGCUCCUGGGUGACACAUCCCGGGGAGGGACAGCGGCUUAAGCCUGGAGUGUGAGGGGACUGCGGUGAGCACACAGCAUUACACUGGGCGCUUGUCACGGCCGCUCGGUGCUGGCGGAGCUUCCCGGGCCGUAAAGCGGGGGAGGCAGUGUAUACUGUUCAGGGGGGUCGGCAGAACAUGGCGGCCGUGGAGCUGGAGUGGAUACCGGAGACCCUGUAUAACACAGCUAUCUCCGCAGUGGUGGAUAACUACAGCCGAGCCCGCAAAGACAUCCGCAGCCUGCCGGAGAACAUCCAGUUCGAUGUGUACUACAAGCUUUACCAGCAAGGUCGACUGUGUCAGCUUGGAAGCGAAUUCUGUGAGUUAGAAGUCUUUGCCAAAGUGCUACGUGCAUUAGAUAAAAGACAUCUUCUGCACCACUGUUUUCAAGCUUUAAUGGACCAUGGAGUAAAGGUUGCCUCUGUCUUGGCGUAUUCUUUUAGCAGGCGUUGUUCUUACAUUGCAGAAUCGGAUGCCCAUGUUAAAGAAAAGGCUAUUCAGAUCGGCUUUGUUCUUGGUGGUUUCCUCUCAGAUGCUGGCUGGUACAGUGAUGCUGAGAAAGUGUUUCUCUCUUGUUUGCAGCUGUGCACACUUCACAAUGAAAUGCUGCAUUGGUUUCGAGCAGUGGAAUGUUGUGUCAGGUUGCUGCAUGUGCGCAAUGGCAACUGUAAAUACCAUUUAGGAGAAGAAACUUUUAAGCUAGCUCAGAGUUACAUGGAUAAGCUGGCAAAACAUGGACAAAAUGCAAAUAAAGCUGCUCUUUAUGGAGAGUUAUGUGCUCUGCUCUUUGCUAAAAGUCAUUAUGAUGAGGCUUAUAAAUGGUGCAUAGAAGCUAUGAAGGAAAUCACCAGUGGCCUGCCAGUGAAAGUGAUUGUUGAUGUUUUGAGGCAAGCAUCCAAGGCUUGUGUGGUAAAACGAGAGUUCAAGAAGGCAGAACAGCUAAUAAAACAUGCAGUAUAUUUGGCUAGGGAAAAUUUUGGCCACAAGCAUCCUAAAUAUUCAGAUACAUUACUAGAUUAUGGAUUUUAUCUUCUCAACGUUGACAAUAUAUGCCAAUCUGUAGCAAUAUAUCAGACAGCUCUGGAUAUCCGACAGUCAGUUUUUGGAGGUAAAAAUAUUCACGUGGCAACAGCCCAUGAAGAUUUGGCCUAUUCUUCUUAUGUCCAUCAGUAUAGUUCAGGAAAGUUUGACAAUGCACUAUUUCAUGCUGAACGUGCCAUAGAUAUCAUCACACACAUACUCCCAGAAGACCAUCUUUUAUUAGCUUCUUCUAAAAGAGUUAAAGCACUAAUACUGGAGGAGAUUGCUAUAGAUUGUCACAACAAAGAGACUGAACAGAAACUACUUCAAGAAGCUCAUGACCUUCAUCUUUCAUCACUGCAACUUGCUAAAAAAGCCUUUGGUGAGUUCAACGUGCAGACAGCAAAACACUAUGGGAACCUUGGGAGAUUGUAUCAAUCCAUGAGAAAGUUUAAGGAAGCUGAAGAGAUGCACAUCAAGGCUAUACAGAUCAAGGAACAGCUUCUUGGCCAAGAAGACUAUGAAGUGGCUUUGUCAGUAGGACAUUUGGCGUCUCUUUAUAAUUAUGACAUGAACCAGUAUGAAAAUGCAGAGAAACUUUAUCUUCGAUCGAUAGCUAUAGGAAAGAAGUUAUUUGGAGAAGGUUACAGUGGACUGGAGUAUGAUUACAGGGGCUUGAUUAAACUUUAUAAUUCUGUUGGCAAUUUUGAGAAGGUAUUUGAGUAUCACAAUAUAUUGGCAAACUGGAACAGAUUACGAGAUCGGCAGUUUUCAGUCACCGAUGCCCUGGAGGAUGUAAAUACUUGUCCCUUGUCAACAGAAGAAGUUGUGCAAUCAUUUCUGAUGUCACAGACCACAGAAGGACAAAGUUGUUAAUUUCAAUCCUUAAAAAAAACAAAAAAAUACUGGUCGGCUUUACCAACUGUUUUCCUCAACAUAUUGGGAAAGUUCAUACUGUGAAGUUUGUAAAAACAUACAGAUGCAGCACUGGUUUGGUACUGCAGAAGAUGACCUGGAUUGGAUCCAUGCAUGUGCUGGAUGGAUAGUCUUUAAUGGAAUGCUCCCAACUUAAUCCACUUUUUUUUUUUUUUUUUUUUUUUUUUUUUACAUCAGUCGGUGGAACCGAGAACUAGCAUUGCCAUUAUGUUUGCAGCUCCAACAGGAAGAUGCAAAUAAAACUGUAUAAGAAUUUAUAAGAGAUCUGUUUUCCCUGUUUCUUUUGGUUUCAGGUGUUAUAUAUGAUAAUAGAUAAAUAUAUAUCAUAUAUCUAUAUAUAUAUACAUAUUAUUAUACUUAUAGUGCACUCCACCACUUAUUUGAUGUUCAAUAGGAGCUUUGUUUCAGAAAAUUAUUCAGUAAACGCAAGCCUUGUUAAUGACACCUUUUUUGAAGGAAAACUAGUA